AUGGGUAAAGCUGCCACUGUCGGUUCCGCUGUCUUCUUGGCUAUCGGAGGUUUCCUCUUUGGCUACGAUUCUGGUAUUAUCACAUCAACCCUCGCACAACCUCGCUUCGUCGACUAUUUCAACAAACCAAGCGACGAUGUCCAAGGAGGGGUCGUAUCCUCCUUUCAAGGAGGUGCAAUUCUCGGCACCAUGAUCAACUUUUUCGUCGCGGAUAAACUGGGGAGAAAGAAAUCCAUCGCACUGGGUGCUUUGAUUGCUGCUUUUGGAUGUGCUCUACAAGCCGGUGCUGUCAAUAUGGUUAUGCUUAUAAUUGGUCGAUUCAUCGCUGGUGUUGCAGUGGGAAUCCUCUCGUCAACUGUUCCGAUGUAUGCGGGAGAAAUUGCAGAGGCACAACAUCGCGGUGUAUUAUCCGGUCUGCUGCAGUGGAUGCUGAGUUGGGGAUUCUUUGUUGCACAAUGGCUUGGAUAUGGUUGCUCUUUCUCGAAUACCGAUCUUCAGUGGAGAUUCCCACUUGCUUUCCAAUGCGUCCCAGCACUGAUCCUCCUUGGCGGAAUCUGGUUCCUUCAUGAGUCUCCCAGAUGGUUGAUGGAGCAAGACCGUCACGAAGAAGCUCUGGCUACUCUUCAUGCUCUCCAUGACGAUGCGACGGGAAGCAACAGCGAAUUCGUUGAGCUCGAGUUCCGAGAAAUCCGCGAUGUCAUCCAGGCGGAUCGAAGUGCCAACAAAAUCACCUGGUCAUCGAUCUUCAAGAAAGCAUCUUGGCGCCGUCGUCUGUUUCUCGGAUGUGGAGUUCAGGCGUUUGGCCCUCUCUCUGGUAUCAAUGUGAUCAACUACUACGGACCUCGCAUCUACGAGACUCUCGGAAUUGACACCCAGGAAUCAUUAAUGAUUAUUGGAAUCAGUGGAGCCUUGUCAAUUGUUUAUUGCACCAUCGGCCUUUGGCUCCUGGAUCGUGUAGGUCGUGUGAAGCCUCUCAUUAUCAGCGCUGCUGGCUGUGCUUUAGCUCUCGUCGUCAACGCCGCCCUAUCUCAACACUUGGAGAGUGCAUCUAAGAAUCAACUUCGCGCAAUGGUCGCCAUGAACUUUGUCUUCAGUUUCUUUUACACCCCAACGGGAAUCAUAUCCUGGGUUUAUCCAGCUGAGAUUUUCCCUGUCGAUAUUCGGGCAAAGGGCAACUCGCUGUCGACUUUCACGAAUUGGACCCUCAACUUGGUGUUUGCUCAGAUCUCUCCAACUGCGCUCACGAAUAUUGGAUUCAAGUACUUCUACGUUUUCUUCAUCUUUGGCGUCAUUGCGACGCUUUGUUAUAUAUUGUUUUAUCCAGAGACAAAGGGCAAGACGCUUGAGCAGAUGGAUGAGUUGUUUGGCGAUCAGCUCGUGCCUCAUGCUCUAUCGGAUCCACUAGCAGCUGAAGCUGCUACUGGGAAAGGUGCAAUUGAGCAUGUUGAGGUUGAGAGGAAGGAUUGA